AUGCUGUUCGAUUCAACUCUUGGUUAUAUUGGAUAUACUAGAAAUAAUGACAUUAACAGUCAAGAGCAAUGUAGAAGAAUAUGCAAUAACGGUCUAGUCUACAGUACAUAUAAACCUCCAGAAGAACCUGUAUGUGGAUCUUAUAUAUCUUGUAAAAAAUGCAAUUUUGAAAUUCUAGAAAGGAAAAGUGAUCCAUCUGCAGUCUGCUAUCAUAUAUUUACAAAUAAUUUUGUGGACAAUGAAAGGGAAACUACUAUAACUCUAUUUUAUGGCAAAUCUCAGAAAGUCUUGGCACAUUCCAGUAAGAAGAGCAGGCUAACAAAAUCUGAAAAUGUAGUAAACAAUAAAAGAAAAGGCUCUGAAGGCUUAUUUAGUGUAUUGGUUGAUUGGCACCAAGUAAAUGGUGUUAAUGCCUCUAUGUGUUCUAAUGGUAUAGCAGAAAUUGAAUGGACUUUGUAUAAUAUUGGUGUAUAUAGGAAUUGGGACUUCACAGCUUUGCUAGAAACAACUCCUGAAUCAACAUUUCCAAUGUGUUAUGAAAACCUUGAAGAAUCACUAGAUAGAACAAGAAGACAUGAUUUUGGGCGUAAAAUUCCAACUAAUAUGAAAAGACUGGGUUACUCAUUAACCGGUAGACCUAAUGCUAUCCGUCUAUCAAAAAUUAUUGCUGUUAACCAACCAGAAAUGAAAAAAAAUCCUGAAAAAGCUAUGAAGACUCUUCUAAAAAAUCAUAUUGGAUUUAAGAUUGUUGCUCAAAAUAUAUCUGUUAAGGAUAUUUACUCAGAGUCAUUUUAUGACACUAGUGAAGGACAAAAUACAGGGUCAAGAUCUAAAUAUUCUGAGAUAUCUUUUAGUACAAAAAGUGGAAGUAAUCAUAUUUACUUAUCAUCUAAUAAUGAAGUUGCAUCAUGUUAUACUGAAGUAACUGAUAAUAUAUCCGAAACUGAUAUCAAUACUUCUGAAUUGGCUAAGAAGGGCCAUAUAUGUGAAAUUAAGAAAAGUGAUGGCUCAAAUAAGAAUAAAAAAAAACAUCCUUUCACUGAGAAAAUUGUGGAUCUUAUAAGGGGAAGAGCAUAUACUGAACCAUUAAUUUUGGACAGCUUACUAAGUUUGGGAUAUUACUCAUGUUUCAGAGUAACAUGUACUAAGAGAAGGAUUAGUAGAAAUGAUGUUGAGAUAAGAUUACCAAAUAAGAUAAUACUUCCAUUAGAUAUUGCAAAGUCAAUACAUGAAAAAGUUUUAAGAAGAGAAAGUUAUCUAUUACCUCCAGGUUAUACUGUCCCUUUGUUAAUAGUUGACUCAAAAUAUUGGAAUUUAAAUGAUAUACCAUGUCAAGAUAUAAUCAAAACUAGGAAAGAUUUAGAUAUAAAGUAUCAAAUAAUGGAUAAUAGUACUUAUGAAACGGACUCAGGAUCACUAUCUACAAAUUCUAGUGUAUUAUCACCUUUAGAUGAAUUUGAAUCUCAUAAAGAAGAACCUGAGAGCCAGAUAAUUUCAUUAUUAUCAGGAUCUUCUGAGGAUGAUUGGUCUGAACUACUUACAAUGAUUGCACUUACAGACUCUUCAACACUAGAUAAUAAGGAUUUAAUGGCAAAAAUUUUCAAAGGUGAUCCUCUUGUCAAUUUCAAUAAUACUAGUAACUGA